CAUUUAAUAGAAGAUCUGAUUUCGGUUGAUUUUCAGUACCUUGAAUCUACUCGAGACUCGCUAACGCACAACAAAUAGAAAGCAAGGAUGCGUGGGUUAAAAAACCUGUUAGUUUUGGCGCUCACCGUGGUUUCUGUUGCGGCUGUUUUUCACCAAAGUUCUAACGGAUCACAGCGUAUUUCCGGAGGAACCAUCGCGUCACCUACCGACAUUCCAUGGGCAGCCGGAGUGAUCAUCCACGGUGGAACUUCCGGGCAUGACUUCUGCAGUGGAGUUCUGAUUUCCAGCCGUUACGUUCUAACUUCUGCGAAUUGUAUCGAUGGGGCAAACACGGUUACUGUUGCUUUGAACUCCGCUGAUUUCACCAACAUAGGAACGCUGAUUGGAGUUUCGAAUGUUCUGAUACAUCCGAACUUUAGUUGGCUGCUUGGCCGAGACGAUAUUGCUAUUCUGACCCUGAACCAGGACGCUCCCAUCAACGACAGCACAAUCAUGCCAGUACAAAUGCCACGCCGAUCGGAUGUUGGCAAUAGUUUUGUCGAUUGGGUCGCCACCACGGCUGGCUGGGGUAAUACCGGUAAUCGUGACAAUGAACCCAUUCCGACCGAGAAUCUACAGUUCGCCAUGGAUACGGUAACGUCCAAUCUGGUCUGCCAGCUGUCGUACAUCUGGAUCAGAAGCACUCACAUUUGCGUUGCGACCAACAAUGGAGGACCCUGUAAUGGAGAUGAAGGUGGCCCGGUGACGGUCCGUGAAGCAGGUAGGGUUACUCUGAUCGGUAUUCAUUCCUUCCACUUCAACGGCAUUCGUGGAUGUGACCGUGGACGAUCGGCGGUACACACACGGAUUACGGAGUAUCUGGAUUGGAUCGAGGAAAAUACAGACGUGUCGAUUCCGGUAUAGAGGUUUACUCGCUCGACUUGAAUACAUGGCCAACGAGGCGACCAGAAUAUAAUUUUGUUCAAAUAACGGAUGAAUAAAGUACAAUGCAAAUUCGGUUAACGAAAAA